UUUAAAAUUUUGUCGGAAAGAGGAGGCAAUAAUUAGUUUUUCAUUGUUAAUGUGUCAUGACUGAUGUGUACAGUAUUAAAGAACUUCAAAAUGAUUGAAAAGAGAAGGUUUUUUAAAAGUUUAUUUAAAAACCGACAAGUCAUAUUUUCCUUUGAAAAAUAUUUUUCCGAAGCUACGGCAACUAAUAAUAAUGAAAAGACAACACAUUUUGGAUUUAAAACUGUUAAAGAGAGCGAUAAGGUGAAAGAGGUAUAUACAGUAUUCGAGAAAGUAGCAAAUUCCUAUGAUCGGAUGAAUGAUGCUAUGAGUCUAGGAAUUCAUCGUAUUUGGAAGGAUAUAUUUAUUCAAAGACUAGGACCAACUCAUGGAAGUAAAUUAUUAGAUUCAGCUGGAGGCACAGGAGAUAUAACAUUUAGAUACUUACAAUAUUUGAAAAGUACUCCUAAUCGUCAGAAUGUAAAAAGUUCUGUGACUGUUUGUGAUAUAAAUGAGAAUAUGUUAGAAGUAGGAAAAAUUAGAGCGAAGGGGCAAGGUUGGCAAGGUCUAGAUAACGUUGAAAUUGAUUGGAAGCAAUGUGAUGCAGAGGUCCUUCCUUUUGAUAAUGAUUCUUACACAGCAUAUACAAUUGCUUUUGGGAUAAGGAAUGUUACACAUAUUGACAAGGUACUUUCUGAAGCAUAUAGGGUACUUACACCAGGUGGUCGUUUCAUAUGUUUAGAGUUUAGUCACGUAGAUAAUGAUGUCUUGAGAUGGUUCUAUGACCAAUAUUCAUUUCAAAUGAUACCUGUAUUGGGUACACUCAUUGCAGGAGAAUGGCAAGCUUAUCAGUACCUUGUUGAGAGUAUUAGGAAGUUCCCAAAACAAGAAGAUUUCAAGGAAAUGAUAGAGGAGGCAGGAUUCAGGAAUGUAACUUAUGAAAAUUUAACGUGUGGAGUAGUAUCUAUUCAUUCAGGAUUUAAAUUGUAA